AUGGAAUGCUACUAUGGUCCCACUUAUUUCCCUGGUCGCUGUGCCAACCACAGUGUGUGUGCUGUCAACGACGAUCUUCCACCUUACGCUUAUGGUGCCACCCUCCAUCAGUGGACAUUGGGGGAUCAGUGGCGUUCCGCUAUAUGGGCCGUUUUACUUACCGGAGCUGUGGCGACUUGUCUGCUUGUUGGACGGCAGCAAGCUCGAAAAAUGGUGACGGGGGUACACAACCUUAUUGAGAAAUGGCAAAACCGACCUUCACCGUUGCCGGAACAGGAGCCAUUUGUGGAAGAGGACGCUGGUGGCGCACGGCAAGAGAAUGUCCCUCAGCGGCGUUGGUGGGCACGUAUACCGGGUACGGGCUGGAUCCACCGAAAGCUGCGUCGCUCCCAAGAUCAAGGCGCUUAUUAUCAGUUAGCCACCCGCAAUGCUGGCGCCGAAGAACCCCCACCCUAUAGAGAGUAG